AUGUUGGCGGGGCCCCAUCGGCUCACCACCGCCAUAAAAUCCUUCCUGCUGGCGCGCUGGUCUGCGCACAUGGCGCAACAGGCGGAGCAGCAGGCGGACCAGCAGCAGCAGCAGUGCAACGCCAACUCAAUGCACGUUCACGCCGCGGCUGUCCUGCCUCCCGCUGCGCCAGAGCCAGUAGGAGAGCCAGAAAGGGGUUAUCUGGGGACGGCUGUACGUGAAGAGGCUGGGGAGGCGGAUGAAGCGAGGGUGGAGAGGAAAGUUGUAGACAAGGGUAAAGCGAAAGUGAUCGAGGGCGGUGGGUAUGGAGGAGGGAGUGGAGGAGGGAGCAGCAGCGGGAGAAGAGAAGCAGUGGGGACGUUGGCGGGCGCGAGGGAAGGAGAGGGGAUGGAGAUAGAGGAAGGAGAGGUGGUUAUGGGCGAGAGUGGAGCGGAGGAGGAAGAGGAGGAGGGGGAGGAGCGAGAAGAGGGGGAGGAACGAGAAGACGGGGAGGAGAUCGCGGAGUUGGUGACGGGCUGGGGAUACGUUGGGGAGCCGCAACGGCAGCAGGGGCAGGGGCUGGAGCAGGAGCAGGAGCAGGGGCCGGAGCAGGAGCAGGAGCAGGGGCCGGAGCAGGAGCAGGGGCCGGAGCAGGAGCAGGAGCAGGGGCCGGAGCAGGAGCAGGAGCGGCAGCAGCAGCAGCAGCAGCAGCAGCAGCAGCAGCAGCAGCGGCAGCAGCAGCAGCGGCAGCAGCGGCAGCAGCAGGAGCAUGUGCAGCGGCAGGGGAUGAGCGCGCUAGUGGAGUUAGAGGAGGAUGUGCUGGUGAAGGUGCUCGAGUGCCUGCACUCUCCCGCCGACCUCUCCCGCUGCAUGGCCUCAUGCCGCCUGCUCAGACGCCUGGUGAUCGAGUCAUCUCUCUGGCACGCGCUGGCGCUGCGUCUCUUCCCACAGCUCUCUCUCUUCAUCGCCGUUCGCCCCACCAACUGCGCGCGUCCCCUCUCCCUCCACCCCUCCCGCCACUGCUCCGCCUCGCCCCCCUGCCCCUCCUCCUCCUCUGCUGCUGCUGGUGAUGAUAGUGCGCCGGCCGCUGUGUGUUUUAGGGAAAUGCAAGGAAAGUGGUUGGAGGGCGAGGGGAGGGAGAGGUCGGGGGAAGCAGAGAGAGCAGGACCGAGCAAGGCGGAUCAUUCUCCUUCUCACCAUCCUCCUGAUCAGCAGCAGCAGCAGCAGCAGCAGCACGAGGCAGUAGUAGCAGGGGAGGGGUUGUCAUGGGAAGUAGUGGCUGUGUCACGCUUCCUCUCCACCCUCUGCUGGCACCUCGCUGCUCCUCUCGGCCUUACUGAAUCAGCCCCGCUACCACACUCCACCACUAAUUCCACCGCGGAUACCACCACCAAUACCACCACUGCUUCCGCUGCUGCUCCUACUGCCACUGCACUCACCACCCGCAACGCCCCCACCACUGCUGAUCCUGCUGCUGCUGCUGCUAUGGACGUUGCCACUCCUGCUGCUGCUGCCACUGUUGCCGCUGCUGCCACUGCUGCUGCUGCUGUGUUACCCCAGAGCAACACGGGCAGAUCUUUUGCCCCAGUAGCAUCAGAGAUUCCCACAACAUCUGCCUCUGCGACUGUAUCGGCCACGAGCAACAGCAGCAGCGGUGCUAGCGGUAGCAGCGGCAGCCUGUCACCCACCAGUUCGAGCAGGGAGGGCCCGAGUCACAGCACUGGCAGCGGCAGCGGCAGCGGCAGCGGCAGUGGCAGCAGCGGUGGGAGCGGCAGCAGUGGUGGGAGCGGCAGCAGCAGCAGUGGGAGCGGCAGUGGAAGUGGUGGUAGCAGUGGCGGUAGCAGUGGCAGUGGCAGUGGUGGUACGAGGACCGGGCUUCUGCGGCGGUUGCUACGACACCACAACACCCGCGCCCCUCCUCCCCCUGCUCCUGCCGCUCCUCCAUCCCCGCCUCUUUCUCCUCCUCCCACCACCGCUCGUCUCCCCAACCGCAACCAUCCCCACCCACCUUCCCCUGCACCACCACCUCCUGCUCCUCCUCCUCCACGCAGACGCACCUUUGGCCUGGCGUUUGAUUGGGUGCCGUGCAUCGGCAGUGCGGUGUGUGCUUCAAGCACCGACAACUAUCCCGAGGAGGGCAUUGAGAAGACACUGCAGGCGGAGGCGAGGUGGCCGGAUCACGGCACGCCCUCGUACUGGUCCAGCAAGGGCCGUGCUGACCCCCUCGUGCCGGAGACUCUCACGUACCGGCUCUCGGCGCCGCUUUGCUUGGUUCGAGAAUUCCAUGUUCGUCCUUUUCAAGCCUUCUUCCAGCGCGGCUGGCCCAUCUACUCCUCGCGCUACGUGCGUCUGAGGCUGGGCUACCCGCGCGCACCACCAGGGGACCACACUCCCACUGACUUGAACAAGGCAUAUGCGAACCAAGCCCACAGUCACGCUAGGCUGGGGCACAUGGGGGCGGUGGGGGGCAGUGAGGAGGCGGAGGACGAGUUUAGAGCAGCAGGCGGGUCAGGGGCAGCGCGAGACGGGUACACGUGGACCUAUGUCUCUCCUCUCUUCCCCAUGCACCAGGUGGACUCGCUGCAGCGCUUUGUGCUGCCAGAGGUGGUGCUGGCCGUGGGAGGCGUGGCGCAGGUGGAGUUUGUGGGGCGCAUGCAGACCCAGCAGUUUGACGACCUCUACUACAUCUGCAUCUGCCACGUGAUGAUCAUGGGCUGCCCGUUCCCACAGUACGACAUCCACGGGCAGCCCGGAAAGGCUGUGAGUCCGACCCUCCAUGGGCCACCACCACCAGUGGCUUGUAGUAGCGCUCAAUUUCCGCUGCAUCCCCGUCAUUCCCCUCCAGCUGCUGCUGCUGCUGCUGUGGUAGGGAGAGGGUCGGCAGGCAGGUAUACUGUCACUAUCACAGGCACAGAGAGAGUUACAGACACUGCAACAGGUGGGGAGCGGGUGGUAGCGGGAGUGAGUGGGGUGGGAUUUGCUGCAGACGCAGCAGCAGAGAUGGAGGAAGGUGAGGUUCUAGGGGAUACAGAGGACGAGAUGGAGGAGGAUUUGGAGGAACGAGGGGAGGGAGUGGUGAGAGAGGGGGUGAGGGUGAGAGAGGAGAGGCAGUUGGAGGAAGUGCAAAGACUUGGUAGAGGAGAAGGGAUGGUUGAUGAGGAUUGGAGGGGGGGAAGUGGUUUGAGGUUUAGCAGGAAUGGGGAGGGUGGGAUAAGUGUGAGGAGUAGUGGUAGUGAUGAGUUUAUGGAUGCCUUGGAAGACCCUUUUGACGAAUGA